AUGACGCUGCUGUCCUUACCAAUGUCCCUGAAAACAGGAUCACUUCGCGUCAACGUUGAUCAGUUCGGCUCCGAUAUUGGGGACUCUGCGGAUAGAGCAAUGCGACUACGGUGCUGCACUGAGCAGGAAGCUUGGCGGAUUUGCGCUAGCCCGCUGAUCGCUAUUUCGGCUGCGCUGGCCGAGCUUUGCGAACCCUUGCAACAGCUCCCUGAGGACAAGGCCUUUGACCUGUCCUGGCCAGAGCUCGCACGACCACAAGUUUGGUGGUGGCUGCUUGUAGACGAGAUCGUCGCUCAUUUGCAGCACGCGGCGGAAGCCAGUCAAACCGCACCGCUGGCGCGAGAUGGCAGCUUUUUCGUCAUGGCGCUCGGAGGGCCAGAGCGGCACGCCUCUCCUUUGCAGUAUUGCGGAGCCCUGAUGCCCAUGCAGGUGCUGAUAUAUGUGCUCCGGCGCCUUGUGGAUAACCCGGCGGCUUAUCCGCGUCUGCAAAUUCUUGAGGUCUUCAAGGACACAGACCGCAGAGCCGCUGAUGAGAACCGGGACGACCAUAUCGGUGUUCGUAUUUCUGUGUCUUUCGAGGCUGGGGAAAUCUGCCCUCUACAAUGGGAAGUGGGCCGACGGCUCCGCCAGUCUUUCGAGAGGGGGGUGGUCGCGCUCCAUCAUCCCGUUCUCCAUCCCGCCAAUUUUACUCACCCCCCGCAGUACAAGGGCAG